GGUGGUGAUACAUGCGAGUAUCUUCUGUCCAGUGGGAGAUUUCUUGGAGAAAAAGUAUGGCAACCCCACAGUUGUAUGAUGCACAAGUACAAAAAUAGCGAAGCAAAAAAUUGCCUCAUAGACAAACAUAUUGCGUUUAUAGGAGAUUCUAGAAUUCGACAGCUGUUCUAUUCCUUCAUAAAACUCAUAAGUCCUCAAGUCAAAGAAGAAGGGAAUAAGCAUGGAAAUAUCCUGUUUGAAGAUAAAUCUGCUUCAAUUAAAGUGGAUUUCCUGUGGUAUCCAGAAGUUAAUGGCUCUAUGAGGCAACGUAUCAAAUCUUGGACUGAGGGUUCUGUGGCAAAACCUCAUAUAAUUGUAGCAGGAGCUGCCACGUGGUCUAUCAAGAUUCACAACGGCAGCAACGAAGCCCUCGCACAAUAUAAAAUCAAUAUCACUUCGAUUGCACCUCUUUUGGAAAAAUUAGCAAAAAGUAGCGAUGUUUACUGGGUCUUACAAGAUCCUGUUUAUGAAGAUAUGCUGAGCGAAAGUCGGAAAAUGAUCACUAAUGAGAAAAUAGAUGCUUAUAACGAAGCGGCUGUUCGUAUUCUGAACAGCAGCUCCCGAAAUUCCAAAGCUAAAGUUAAAGUGUUCAGCGUAUCGAAACUGAUCGCACAGGAAACUAUCAUGAAGUCUGCAGACGGCCUGCAUCUCCCCGAAUCAAGCAGAGAUACAAAUGCGAUGAUUCUUAUGAAUGUCUACUGCAAUAAGAUCAUGAAGCCCAUUGACGGCUCCUGCUGCCAGCCCCAGCCCCCUCUCACUCUGAUACAGAAGCUCGCUUUCUGUUUCUUCACUUUGUCCAUGCUUGGAUAUUUAAUUAUCCAUUUAAUUCAUCGGAAUAAUUAUCGGAAGAACAAAUCAUGUACUGAUGUGGAAAGUGGAGAGGAGAAACCUGCCAUCAGCGCUCCUAGUGUCUCUACUUUAGAGAUGCUCCUACACUGCUUCUGCAAACUCGGUCUCAUCAUGACCUAUUUUUAUCUGUGUGACAGAGCAAAUCUUUUCAUGAAGGAAAACAAGUUUUAUACACAUUCAUCUUUCUUCAUACCGAUCGUCUAUAUCUUGGUUUUGGGGGUAUUUUAUACCGAAAGCAGCAAAGAGACUAAAGUGUUAAAUAGAGAACAGACUGAUGAAUGGAAGGGCUGGAUGCAACUUGUUAUUUUGAUUUAUCAUAUCUCUGGAGCAAGCACUUUUUUGCCUGUGUACAUGCACAUCCGAGUUCUGGUUGCUGCGUAUCUGUUCCAAACAGGUUAUGGGCACUUCUCGUAUUUUUGGAUAAAAGGGGACUUUGGUGUGUACAGAGUGUGUCAGGUUCUAUUUCGCCUCAACUUCUUGGUGGUGGUGCUGUGCAUAGUGAUGGACCGACCGUACCAGUUCUACUACUUUGUGCCGUUGGUCACCGUCUGGUUCAUGAUCAUUUACGCCACCUUAGCCCUGUGGCCUCAGAUAGUCCAGAAGAAGGCAAAUGGGAGCUGCCUGUGGCACUUUGGUUUGCUGCUGAAGCUGAUCUGCUUACUGACCUGUAUCUAUUUGCUGUCAUAUUCUCAGGGCACGUUCGAGAAGAUAUUUUCUUUCUGGCCACUGUCCAAGUGUUUUGAACUGAACGGGAAUGUCUAUGAGUGGUGGUUCAGGUGGAAGCUGGAUCGCUAU